AUGUGUAAUGAUGUGUCAACGGACAGGAUCAUCGACCUGCAGUCCAAACUCAUCAUCGCCAUCGACGUGGCCAAGGGCAUGGAGUACCUGCACAACCUCACUCAGCCCAUCAUCCACAGGGAUCUCAACAGGUCAGUGGAGGGUGGGGGUCAGUGGGGUUUUGUGUGUGGUGGUGGGGUGAUGAAAUGGGUGCUUGUGUGUUUUGUGGGGAAGUGAUACUGGGACUCACUCUAUGUAGAAAUUGAGCAUAAUGAGAGGUAUAGAUGUUGAAUUGAAGCUAUAGUGACUAUGUGAAUUUAAGUGUUUUUAGUUAUUCUUCCAAUAAUGAAAUGUGCUACUUUUAGUCACAACAUUCUACUCUAUGAGGACGGGCAUGCUGUGGUGGCUGAUUUUGGAGGUAAGCAGCAAAAUAUAAACAUACAGUAUAAUGAAGACAUAGAUCACAGUAGAUAAAGUAGCCAUUUCCUAUAGUGAAUUAGCCAUAAAGGCCCGAUAACAGCUAGUUUUCAGAUUACAUAUCCCUCCCGACUCAGACCACUCCAAGACUGUCCUAACAAUAUUCUUGCUUGAGACAUUUUUUACCAUUUUAAUGGGAAACUAUUACAGUAGGGUACUAAAUUACACAGAAAUGAUUUGAUAUUGAAAUAAAAAUGGCUGCCUCACUAACCUCAUUAUUAGAAUCUUGAAACCCUUUUAUUUCCUCUUUAGAAUCCAGAUUUCUGUUAUCCGAGGUUGUGGACAAUAUGACCAAGCAGCCAGGGGUUAGUCCAACUUCCUGGGUCACCGUACUGUGUGUGUGUGUGUGUGUGUGUGUGUGUGUGUGUGUGUGUGUGUGUGUGUGUGUGCGUGUGCGUGUGCGUGGAUGUGUUUAACUAUACUUGUUGGGACCAGAAGUCCCCACAAAAAUAGUAAACAAACAACAACAUUUGUCCCCACAAGGUCAAAUGCUAUUUCUAGGGGGUUUAGGGUUAAGGUAGGGUUAUAAUUAGGUUUAGGGUUAGCAGUUAGGUUUAGGGUUAAGGUUAGGUUUUGGGAUUAGGGUUAGGGAAAAUAGUAUUUUGAAUGGUUAUAAAUUGUGUGUCCCCACAAGGUUAAUUAAACACGUGUGCGUGUGUGUGUGCAUUAUGCUCCCUGGGGUGAAGCCUUCGCUGAGGAACCAUUUGUCCAUGGUAGCCAGAGUGUUUUGCGUUGCUAAUUGGACUUUUGUGUUGGUGUACAGAACCUGCGCUGGAUGGCCCCAGAGAUAUUCACCCAGUGUACCCGCUAUACUGUCAAGGCAGACAUGUUCAGCUAUGCCCUGUGUCUGUGGGAGCUGCUCACUGGAGAGAUCCCCUUUGCCCACCUGAAACCUGGUAAUCCCUGCAUGAAUACAAACACACCAAUCUGAUACUGUUUUGGGAGAAUGUGAAUCAAUGAGUGAGUAUUGAAUUGUUUCAAGCAUGUUACAUAUGUUGGAUUCUCCCUCUCCUCAUCAAAGCUGCAGCAGCUGCAGACAUGGCCUACCACCACAUCCGGCCUCCUAUUGGCUACUCCAUACCCAAACCCAUCUCUGCCAUGCUAAUGAGGGGCUGGAAUGUCUGUCCAGAGGUCAGUGUCCUCCUACAAUAGAUAGCCCCUUGAUUCCUUAGAGCGUAAAAGACCCCUAAACAUAUGAGCUAAGUUCAUAUGAGCUAAGUUCAUGUGCUAAGUAUGCUAAGUGCUACGUAUGCUAAGUUCAUAUGAGCUAAGUUCAUGUGCUAAGUUAAUGUGCUAAGGAUGCUACGUUCAUGUGAGCUAAGUGCUACAUAUGCUAAGUUCAUAUGAGCUAAAUUCAUGUGAGCUAAGUUCAUGUGCUAAGUAAGUAUGAUACGGCUGAUGUGAGCUAAGUGCUACGUAUGAAUAAAUUAACAUAAAGGGGUGGAACAGGGCUGCAACCGCCAAACACUUUCUCUGUCUACCCUACCUGCGCUCACCUGUGCUGUCUAGACUGCCACAUUAAUUAUUGUUGUUGUCACGUUCUCUUUCAUAAUUCAUCAAGUGUGUCAAUAAAAGACCCUCGGAUUCUAAAUCAACAAGCUUGGCUCUAGAUUACACCCAUCUAAACAUACUUUACAUUGUUUGCGAGAUCAGACAUAUCACUAUAAUCCGAAUGUUCAUUUUCAGAAGUUGCUUUUAUUUCAGCGCAACUUAUUUGUAUACAUUUCAACUGUAUUAAAUUAUUACUUUUUAAAAUUCCCAAAACAUGAACACACAUGAAAAUAAAGUGAUCUCUUUUUCUUGUGACGUUAGUGUCGAGACGAUGCAUUAAAUCCCAGACAAAGCUCUAUCGUUCUUAUAGACUUAAUGGAAAGACAAUGUACUGUAUUUCAUUGAGCCCAUUUCAGCCAUUACCGUGGUGUGUUUGACAGGUGAUUACAAACAUUCCGGAGGUCAUAACGUUAACGGGGAAAAACGAGCAAUAGUACGAAAGAGUCGAAGGAGUAAAAUGAAAGCAAUCAAUUCAGAUAGAUUUAAGUCACAAGUGGAUUUUGCACCCCUCAAACACAGGAAAUAGAUGGCUGAAAAAGACAGAUCCUCAGGUGGGCAGGGCAUGCGCGUUGCUAGUUCAUGUCCAUGUGAGCUAUGUCCAUGUGCUAACUAUGCUAAGUUCAUGUGAGCUAAGUUCACUGUACUUGUGUAGACCUGUAGAGGUGUUUACACCAGAGUCAACGCUGAGGUCAGAUGCUAGCACUGGGGUCUUGGAGCGUAUAAUUAAACCUAUAAUGAAUGGAACCGUAUUCCCAAGGUGCUGGGUUGUUGCAUGACUCCACACAGCCACAGUCUACCCAAUCUGAAACCGUGUCAAGUCUGAGUGUUUUCAUUUAAGUUCCCGCUGGGGUCAGAAUCCACAUGCACCUAUAGGUUACCAUGUACACAUGGUCCCAACAGUUAUAGGUUUCCACAGACUAUCUGACUUUCAUGUUUAAAAUCUAGAAAGAUGUGAAUGAAUGUUGCAAUCUAAGAUGAUUAUUAUCAAUAUAGAUUUGAAACCUCUUAGCUGUUGAUAAGGUUGUAGAAUUUUGUACAUUUUAAUAAUAGACGCUCCCAAGAAGCACAAUUCAGAUACUUCCUGGGAAUGUUAAAUGAAAACAGCACACAGACCAUGACCAAUGUAUUAGUGAGUAGGUCUACUCUGGCUCUGUGUUUGUCCUCUUACAGUGAAGUAGGAUCCCGUUUCUUUACAGUAGUAGGAUAUGGCUCUGUGUUGUCCUCUUACAGUGACGUAGGAUCUGGCUCGGGUGUCCUCUUACAGUGAAGUAGGAUACUGGCUCUGUGUUUGUCUUCUUAAGUGAAGUAGGAAUGCGCUCGUGUUUGUUCUCUUACAGUGAAGUAGGAUCUGUUCGUGUUGUCCCUCUAACAGUGAAGUAGGAUGGCUCUGGUUUGUCCUCUUACAGUGAAGUAGGAUAUGACUGUGUUGUCCCUUACAGUGAGUAGGAUAUGGCUCUGGUUGUCUCUACAGUGAAUUUAGAUUGGCUUGUGUUUGUCUCUUACAGUGAAGUAGGAUCUGGCUCUGUGUUUGUUCUCUACAGUGAAGUAGGAUUGGCUCUGUGUUGUUCUCUACAGUGAAGUAGGAUAUGGCUCUGUGUUUGUUCCUUACAGUGAAGUAGGAUAUGCUCUGUGUUGUUCUCUUACAGUGAAGUGGAUUGGCUCUGUGUUGUUCUCUACAGUGAAGUAGAUCUGUCUCUGUGUUGUUCUCUUACAGUGAAGUAGGAUAUGGCUCUGUUGUUUCUCUACAGUGAAGUAGGAUAUGGCUCUGUGUUUGUUCUUUACAUGAAGUAGAUAUGGCUUGGUUUGUGUCUUACAGUGAAGUAGAUAUGGCUCUGUGUUUGUUCUCUACAGUGAAGUAGGAAUGGCUCUGUGUUGUUCUCUUACAUGAAGAGGAUAGACUCUGUGUUGUCAUUACAGUGAGUAGAUAUGGCUCUGUUUGUUCUCUUACAGUGAAGUAGGAUAUGGCUCUGUGUUUUUCUGUACAGUGAAGUAGGAUGGCUCUGUGUUUGUUCUCUUACAGUGAAGUAGGAUCUGGCUCUGUGUUUGUUCUCUUACAGUGAAGUAGGAUAUGGCUCUGUGUUUGUUCUCUUACAGUGAAGUAGGAUAUGGCUCUGUGUUUGUUCUCUUACAGUGAAGUAGGAUCUGGCUCUGUGUUUGUUCUCUUACAGUGAAGUAGGAUAUGGCUCUGUGUUUGCUCUUACGUGAAGUAGGAUAUGGCUCUGUGUUUGUCUCUUACAGUGAAGUAGGAUAGGCUCUGUGUUUUUGUUACAGGCUCUUUUGUUCUCUUACAGUGAAGUAGAUCUGCCUGUUUGUUCUCUUACAGUGAAGUAGGAUUGGCUCUGUGGUUGUCCUCUUACAGUGAAGUAGGAUCUGCCUCUGUGUUUGUCUUCUUACAGUGAAGUAGAAUGGAAAGGCUGCUUUUGAAGCAGAGUUCACCUUUGAUUCAUGCGUGGGUAGAUCCACAUGACCAGACAGCCAGACAGACCGAGAAAGCACAGCUGUGUGUGUGUGUCUUUUUUAUGUUUAGUGUUUAGAGGUAAAAUAAUGCUAUUUUAUCUCCUCUGAAUCAGGAUAGACCUGAGUUCUCUGAGGUGCUGGCCACACUAGAGGAAUGCCUAUGCAAUGUGGAGGUAUGGUGUUUUUCUAUAGCAUGUGAAUCUACACAAUGGUGGGAAUAAACAUAUAAAUAUAAAAUGCUGCUUACAUUUUCAGAAGUUCACAGAUUCCUAGCUUAUGGCUUUCCUGUCUGUCCAUGUGAUACUUGUUGAUGAUAAUGUCAUACGUGUGUGUGUGUGUGUAUGUGUGUGAUCCACAGUUGAUGUCCCCGGCUUCCAGUAACAGCAGCGGGUCCCUGUCCCCCGCUGGCUCCUCUGACUGCCUGGCGAGGGGCAGUCCUGGUCGGAGUCACGUGGCCGCCCUCCGCUCCCGCUUUGAACUGGAGUACGCCCUCAACGCCCGUGCCUACGCAGUCUGGACUCAGAGGUAGGGCAUCACUAGCCUGGUCCCACAUCUGGCGUUGCCUGGCGUUGAUAAUGACCAUAGGAGUUGUCUACACAGCACAAACUGAUCUGGGACCAGGCUAGUGUAUCAUAUAGUCUUCUCCACACACAGAUGACCACAAUACCGAGAGAGUGGAUUAGAGAGUUUCACUGUUUGAAAAGUUUAUAUUUUCUAUUAGGGCACGUUGACCUCUGUUUCUGUGCUCUGUGCCCUAUAAACUGGAUUGCUAAGCAUAACCAAGUUGAGUGUGAAGGCCAGUACUAGUAGGAAUUCCAUGGACAUCAUGUCUGGGCCUGUAAAUUUGUGCUUUGUUGCAGCGAUAGCACCCGCCUUGACCCACUGUUUGAGCAAUAACGUGUACAACACUAGAGACGCUUUACUGCAACAGUUAGAGGUGUAGUUGCCCGGAUACGAGUCAGGGAAAACAAAGGCAAGCAAAUGCAAUAAAACAUACAUGGCAUUCUGACUAAGGACUAAAGACUCCACUGGUGACCAGCCCUGUAAGCCUGUGUGUGAGUGUGUAUGUGUGAGUGUGUAUGUGUGAGUAUCUGUGUGUGUGUAUGUGUGAGUAUGUGUGAGUGUGUGUAUGUGGUUGGAGAGAAAAGGGAGUAGAGAGUGAGCCUGGCAACGGUCUCCAGGGACACAGUAACUGGAGUUAGAUCUGUGUGUGUGUGUUCUCUACUGCUGAAGUGUCUGUCGGUUAGAAAUGUCCUGGCAGACUGGCAGUUAAUCGAAUGUUUCAUCCAUUUUGUUUAUACUAGAUGUAAAAGUGAGAGAGUGUGGUUAUUAGGUCCUGGGCUGUUACACAGAGGGUCAUGCUAGAUUCAUCAGAGGACAUCAGAGAUGUGUUUACACCUGCCUCAUCUAACUCCGCCUCUUCAAUUUUUAAUUAUUUAAUGAGAUCAUUAUACAAAAUGUGUCUGUACUAUUUGAUGCAGAUUGUCGUAUUAUGUAGUAGUUGUUUAUGUAAACAGAAUCACUAUAUUCAACCUUAUAACAGCUCAUGUAUGUUUUAUUUUCAGCGAGGGACGACGUGGUUCCCAAGGUCCGUCUCUGGACGAACUGAGGAGGAAUAUGCAGUUUCCACCUAUUGACCGAAAUGGUAAAAAGCAUAUUAAUGAAGAUACUCAUCAAGCCUUUAUCGGUAUUAUAGAACUUCAUCAUUUGAAAUGGAUUACAGCCAGUUGGGUAGAAUGCACAUCAAAGCUGGUGUUGGUGUGUGUUGGGAAAGGAACAGGCUGUGGAUCACCCCUAACCCCUAACCCCUGACCUCUGUGUCCUAUCUCCUUCAGGGUACGUGUCAGACCCUAUGAGCACCAUGCGCUUCCACUCCAACUGCUGCAGCAACGGCAGCUUCGAGGACAGCAACUAA